UUCCAUCCCUAUGACCCUAUCACCAUCACUCUUCUGUCUUAGGAAACCGAUACAUGCACCUGGAACUUAUUUCUGAAAAAAGCUUUUUUUGUUACAAUAUAAUCUCAGCUAAAACUCAUUUUUCAAGAUUUAAAACCCCUUUCUGAUAUGAAGGAUUGAUGGUUAUGUAUGGGGUCAAAGUUUCUCGUGAUUCACGGGAAGUGGAGGUUAGCCAGCAAGAACUGGUUCUGAUCGUCGACCUGUUCGAUCAGAACCGGAACGAGAAGAUUAAGGGUUUUAAGCAGAUUUUCGAACCUGGGUUGAAGUUAUUUUGAGUUCGUUUAUUGCUUUCUGCCUGAGUGAGGGACUGAGGGAGGCGGAGCAUUUGAUGUUGUGGUGUGGGAUUUGGCCUCUACAAUGCUUAGAAGGAGGUAGUGUUUGAAAUGGUUCUUGAGAUGGAGUCUUGCAACUGCAUUGAGCCACAAUGGCCAGCGGAUGAACUAUUGAUGAAGUACCAGUACAUUUCAGACUUCUUUAUUGCACUUGCUUAUUUUUCUAUUCCUCUUGAGCUUAUCUACUUUGUCAAGAAAUCUGCAGUUUUCCCAUAUAGAUGGGUGCUUGUGCAAUUUGGGGCUUUCAUAGUUCUUUGUGGUGCGACACACCUAAUUAACUUAUGGACUUUCAACACACAUUCAAGAACUGUAGCAGUUGUAAUGACCACAGCAAAGGUUUUGACUGCUGUUGUGUCUUGUGCAACAGCCCUUAUGCUUGUGCAUAUUAUUCCUGAUUUAUUGAGCGUGAAAACCAGGGAGUUGUUUUUAAAAAAUAAGGCUGCAGAACUUGAUCGUGAGAUGGGCCUGAUUCGUACACAAGAAGAGACAGGCAGGCAUGUUAGAAUGCUUACUCAUGAGAUUAGAAGCACUUUGGACAGGCAUACCAUUCUGAAAACGACUCUUGUUGAGUUGGGUAGAACAUUGGCAUUGGAGGAGUGUGCAUUAUGGAUGCCAACACGUACUGGUUUGGAACUUCAAGUUUCAUACACUUUACGCUCCCAAAAUUCUGGUGGAUAUACGGUACCUAUACAACUUCCUGUGAUCAAUCAAGUCUUUAGUAGCAAUCGUGCAGUAAAAAUUUCUCCAAAUUCCCCUGUGGCAAGACUUCGGCCAACUGUGGGAAAAUUUAUGCCAGGGGAGGUGGUUGCUGUUCGUGUUCCACUUUUACACAUCUCAAAUUUCCAAAUUAAUGAUUGGCCAGAGCUUUCUACGAAACGCUAUGCGUUGAUGGUUUUGAUGCUUCCCUCAGACAGUGCAAGACAAUGGCACGUCCAUGAGCUGGAACUUGUGGAAGUGGUUGCUGAUCAGGUGGCUGUUGCCCUUUCUCAUGCUGCAAUUUUAGAGGAAUCUAUGAGAGCAAGGGAUAUGCUUAUGGAGCAAAAUGUAGCACUAGAUUUGGCAAGGAGAGAGGCAGAAACAGCCAUUCGUGCUCGAAAUGAUUUCCUGGCAGUUAUGAACCAUGAGAUGAGAACACCAAUGCAUGCAAUUAUUGCGCUUUCUUCCUUGCUACAGGAAACUAAACUGACACCAGAACAACGCCUGAUGGUAGAAACAAUCCUAAAGAGCAGUAACCUCUUAGCAACACUCAUCAAUGAUGUUUUAGAUCUUUCAAGGCUUGAAGAUGGAAGCCUUGAACUUGACCUUGCCGCAUUUAAUCUUCAUGCAGUAUUCAGAGAGGUUGUUCAAUUGGUCAAGCCCAUUGCAUCGGUCAAGAAGUUAUCAGUGACAUUAACACUGGCUUCAGAUUUGCCAGAGUAUGCCAUUGGUGAUGAAAAACGUCUUAUGCAAACCAUUUUAAAUAUUGUUGGUAAUGCUGUGAAGUUCUCAAAAGAAGGAAACAUCUCAAUUGCUGGCUGUAUUGCCAGAACAGAACUGUUACUAGAUGCUCGAGCACCUGACUUUUUCCCGGUUCCAAGUGAAAGUCACUUUUAUUUACGUGUACAGGUAAAAGAUUCAGGGUCAGGAAUUAACCCCCAAGAUAUUCCAAAAUUAUUUAAUAAAUUUGCCCAAAAUCAAUCAGUAUCAAGUAGAAAUUCUGGUGGCACUGGGCUUGGGCUUGCAAUUUGUAAGAGGUUUGUCAAUCUCAUGGAGGGGCAUAUAUGGAUUGAAAGUGAAGGAUUUGGCAAGGGUUGUACUGCUUCAUUCAUCGUAAAACUUGGAAUUGUGGGGCGUUCGAAUGAGCCAGACCACCAUGUUGUACCUCUGAAUCGUGUGCAGACAAGUUUUCCAGGACUCAAAAUUCUCAUUCUGGAUGACAAUGG